CUUUUUCAGUAGUUUCCCAAUAAGAUGAAUGCUAUCAAAAGUAUACUGUAGUCUUCUAAAACUGGCUGAAAUAUCUUUGUUUUAGAGUAGUUGUGGUCCGCUGACGGUUCUUGAUGUACCAUAUAAAGGUUGUUGUACCUUCGAUAGAAAUAUCAUAAAUACAAUUUUACUUAACGAUGCAGAACAUGCAGUUACACUGAAAAUGUUCUACUUGCAGAGCUAUAAAUUCUUCGACAAUCUCAGCUCCGAUGUGAUUCGUCGCUUUUUCACAGCAUCCGAACGUGUUCAUAAUUCUCUCGACACUUUAUUUAAGAUCCAACCAAAAAGGAAUGCAUUAAAUGUCUGUAUUCAUAUUCGACGCGGUGAUAUGACGAAUUCAACAGAAUCCUUAGCAUCGGAUGACAAGUUCACUAGUGCAGCAGUGAAAUACGUGCACGAUAAAGCAUCGGUGUCAACAUUUGGCUACUGGAUUGGAUAUCUUUCUCGUGGACAGAGAGUCUACUACAAUUAUGAUUUUACACGAGAACAUGGCAUUGAAACGCAACUCGUACCUACUGAUUUCUGGCCACCGCACUGGAUAGCACUGAAAUACAACACCUUCGAUGGUGAAGUCAUAGAGUGGAGUUCUGUGAACUGA